UUUACCACUCUGGCGGCCGUCCCUGAACUCAGCAAAUCAGCGCCGCCUGGUGAAUCGCAAACAAACGAGAUGAGUCGAGUUCUGUGAGUUUCUCUGAGUUUCCAGGAGCUUCAGCUUCUCUCGGCUCAUCAACACGCAGCCUCCCGCGGGUCCCACAAACAGAGUUGAGCCAUGGCCAAUAUUCAGAUCCGCAAAUAUCGAGAGGAUGAUGCCGAGGCAGUGAAGGAGAUCUUCACCAUGGGGAUGAGCGAGCACGUUCCUUCGUCCUUCAUGCACUUAUUGAAACAGCCGAUCACCCAGAUGGUGCUCAUGAUCGUCUUCUGCGCUCUCAUGACCAGCUCCAAGUCCUUCCUUCUACCCAUCCUGGCUGUCACCCUGUGCCUAGCCGGGGCCCGGCAGUUCGUCGUCCACGUGUUCAACAAAUACAUCGACACCUCCCUCAAGAAGGACCUCAACAGCAUCAGUGAGACCUACCUGAAUCAGAAGGACUCCAAUUUUUGGGUGGCUGAAAGUGAUGGCCAGGUGGUCGCUACAGUGGCUUGCCUCCCUGCCGUGGAGGCACCUGGGUGCUUGGAGCUGAAACGCAUGUCUGUGUGCCGCAGUCACCGCAGGUUGGGCAUCGCCAAGGCUCUGUGUCAGACAACGGCUGAUUUCACUCGGGAGAGGGGUUAUGCAGCUGUCAUUCUGUACACCUCUCUGGUGCAGACAGAUGCUCAGAAGCUAUACGAGGACAUGGGCUUCGAGAAGAUCAGAGAGUUUGCUGUUCCUGAAUUUCCUGCAAAAAUCCUGAACUUCACUUUGCUCGAGUACAGACUGGACUUACAGAAAGACCGGAAAAGAGACUGACUCUAGCAGAAAGACGAUUUCAGGUCCACUGCACCAUUCGUUUACCCAGUUUCAUCAGUGUGCUAAUGUUUUCCACACAUUGCACAACUGAACACUUGGGACUGAAUCAACAAAUCAUUGUUUUCGAAACCAGUUUUGAAAAUUGUCAGUUACUUGUAAUACAGAGGAAACUGCUUAUAGUGAUCAUGUUUAUUCCAGCCCCUUGCUCUCUCUCUAAAUUAUUACUAACAACUAAUACUUUUCUUAAAUGAGUAAAAUCUUUGUAGCUACAUUAAUUCACCCAUCCAUUUAAACGGUUGAUCACUAUAAGACCUGCUAUGCCCAUAGUCAUGCUGUCGAGGGUUUCUUUUGAUUGAGCCUCUGUUAAUUAAUUUUGUAAAUUAUUUAAUUCUUUUCUACAGGAAACUCAAUUAAAUAUAUCUCAAGUUGCUCCUUUAAUUGUGUAACAUUCCUUAUGUUAUGUGGAGUCAAAUUAAAGAUGCACUGAUCUGUUUAUCAUCCCUGAUACUGAUCUUAUAACAGGGGGAACCCCAGAUUUUACAUGUCGAAGUCUGUUUAAAACACAUGUAUUAAUUGUUUUCUAGUCUUCAGAGGGAGCUGUGUGAAGUCUAAUAAAUGUCCUCGAACCUC